UCAAACUCGCAGUCGGUUCAGUGCAGCGGCAGUGGGACAGCGGGGGUUGUUGGAAGGAGGUGGGGUCUGUCCCAUGUGUCGACUGUCUGAUGGAGAGGAGAGAGGCACAGCACAGUGAGUAUGAAAGGACACAGAGUGCUACGAAGAGAGAGACUGCAGGCAUGCAGCAACACAGAGCAGCAUAUAUGUUUAAAGAGGCUGCAGCGGAGCGGGCUGUUGAUGAGUGUGAUUAGCACAAAUCCAUGGAGACCUGACUUUCGAGAUCUGUCAAACCUAAGUGGACAAUAACCCACAAAAACCUGCAGCAUGUGACUUUGCGGUGGAGUUUGCGGACCCUCACCAUGCUCUCUCUGUGGAUUCUUUAUCUCCUCCUCCCUCUCUCCUUGCCUCUCUCGCUUCAUGCUGUAGCCUCAACUGGAGAAAAUGUCAAAGAAACACAACAGCUAGACGUGGACACAGCAGUGCAGCAUCUCCCGCAGCCCUUGCAAAGACUUCCCAGAUCUAGUUUUGCAACGGUGAAGCCCCUGUUUGAGCCCGUCAAUGUUGACUUCCUGGGUCUACCUUUGAAUUGGCCCUUAGCGUCAUCUGAGGAAUCAGAUACACAAGGUGUGAUUGGUGAAUAUGCUGAUUUACAGGAGGGCACAGGGACAUCUCUUUUGUAUCCUUAUGAGAAUGAACUUUUCCCAUCCACAGAAAGUGCAACAGAAGAUGUUACAUCUACACAGCCUAAACGGUCUUCAUCAGGAGCUGUUCCACCUCAGCCUACCAAGGAACAAACAUUGAAGUAUCAGCCAGCUGAGACCAGCACUGGCUCCACAUUGCAUCCUACAACUACUGGGGAGAAUCAGCUAACUUUAACAUCCUUGCACAAUGAGACGACUGAUAGCCACUUGCCUUUUCUUCUGUCUGGCUCACUUCCAUCAGAGACAGAAGGCCAGGACUCAACUUCACCACAGUCUGCUGAACAAGGGCCCACUUCUGACUAUACUACUCCACCUGUAGCCACUGGCAGUUGGGGACAGAAAAGGACACUGGAGGAUACUGUCCCAAUGAAAAAGACUGGAGAUGGAUUGGCUGAUAUUACAAACCGCAGAGGAGCUGUUGGCAUGGAGGCAGAAAAUGAUGACUCCAGGGACAGAGGUCCGCACGGUAACAUGAACACAUCUGCCACACCCUGCAAAACAACAAACCAGUCCUGGACUCCCACCUACCCAGAAGACUUUACUCCCAAUGAGUCCCUGCACCCCUCUCUGGGUCUCAGCCCUGCCCUUCAUGUCCCUCUGUAUUCAGACUGGAACUCUGCCCUUGCCACAUGGGGAUUUGCUUGGGAAGCUCACAUCUAUGGCUUGGGAUCUGUCUUCACUGUGUUCGGCCUCAUCUCUGUUGUCUGCCUGUUAGGCCUUCCCCUGCGGUGUCCACCAGGAAGCCCCUACCUCACUCUCCUGCAUUUGUUCCUGUUAGCAUUUGCAGGAAUCCAAGCUUUCUGUCUGCUGUACGAUGCUUACAGUCACCAAGAUCGUCUUCCCCCUAUAGGCUCUCUGCUGCUCUCUGAGUUGCCCUUCCCCUGUUUAGUCUCAGCUUUCUCUUUGGCCUUUCUCCUUCUUUCAUUGCGCUCUCGCAUGCGUCUUUCACUCCCUGUUGCUAUUUCAAGCUCAUUAUCAGUUUUGCCCAAACCUCGCCUGUUACUGUGUGUGUCUCUGCUGCAUUUUGGAGUUUCUCUAGGUUGUGUUGGCAUGCUCCAGCUCUUUCACAUCCUCCCAACCAUGAUCAUGCUAUUCCCUCAUGGUCUGUUUGUAUGUCUCACCAUUUUUCUGUCAUGUUCCUAUCUCAUCUUCUACUGUUUAAUUCGAGUCGACACUAAACACAUCUACAGACUGAAGGACAAUGGAGAGAGUGGAGGAUCUCCUGAAGUGAUACGACCUGCAAGUUGCCCCUUUGCCAAAGUGGAGGACUGGCAUAGGGCAGCAGGAGCUGGAGUAGGAGCUGCGUUGUGUAUGUUGGGGUGUGGUGGGCUACAGCUUUAUGGGAUCCUGCAUGCCCUUGGUUUAGGUGGGGUUGACGGCUAUGGGUUCCAGCCUUGGUCCUGGUGGGGCUAUCAGGUAGGCUGCAGACUCUGUGAGGUUGGGGUGUGCCUCAGCUUGUCUCUCAUUGGCACACACCCUCUAUUUUGUCAAAACAACUCCUCUAUCAAGACGAUAACUGACCCUCGGCCAGGAUCUUGGUCUCGCCUCUCCUGCAGCUCCCCCUCACUGGGGCUUACCCUGCCCUCUCUUGAAUGUGCAAAUUCUCCUGUCCUCUCCUCACAUGAUUCCUGCUCCCAUUGUAACCAGGAAAAGCUUGUGAUCUGUAAUGUCAUUAGUAAGAUACCAUCAGAGGCUCUUCCUCUUUGCCCUAUGGUGGAUCAUCCUGGAAAUGGGUUUGAUUGUCUCCCAAAAUCCAGCCAAAUAAAGACGACACUAUUGCCUCUACCUACACCCCCAGUCCCACCUCACAAACCUAUAAAUGCAGACUCUCAGCUGUCGUCACUGGAUAGCUUAGGUCUAGAGACUGACUCUACUGUGGACCUGCGGCCCCCAUCUCCCAUAGACCUGUCCCGCAGCAUUGACCAGGCUCUGUUCAGUGAUUCCCUAUUCUCCCACAGUAUCUUUGGUUUUCCAAAACUGUUCCAUGCUUCUUCAAGUCAUUCUUUGAGCUCUCCAAGUCAAGUUACAGCAAAGCAUGGGCCCGGUUCUGUAGACAAGGCCUUAUACCGAACUUCUUCCUGUGGAGAUGUGGAUCAAGACAAACCACCGCCCAGUUCAAGAUGCUCCCAACCUCAAAGUUCUUUGACAUCUCACAGCAGGACACCGGAGCAAUGGGAUUGGAAAGCGAGUGUCUCUGGCUCAACCCAGGGUCUAUGUAGCAAUCCCAGGGAGCCAGGAAAACUGCGCUCACAUUCCUGGGCCAACAGAGGGCAAAACUUUGCCCAGCACAGCAUUCCUCGAGCGAUUCCUCACCUGUCUUACCACAGGCGUUACCGUACCUUGAGUUUAGCCUCCCAGGAAAUCCAGGGCUCUGGCCGACUGGCAGGGACUAAAAAACUGAGUGAAAGCAAACAGCUGGAAUGGGAUCUUGCUGUACAGGCAGAAUUUGUCAAUGUGUGCAGACAAAUUGAUGAUCUGAGUGUUUGCAGUGACACCAUUGAAUUGUAGGAUAUUGUAAAAGUCCAGCUGUGAUUGAAAUGUACAUGAUAUUGUCGAGAAAUACAUACAGAUGAAAAUACUGUAAUUACAUAAACUAAUGAAAGAGUAAUGGACAUUAUCUAUUAUCAUUAUUACUAUUAUUGAUACAAUAUGUUGACCCAGCUUAUUGACAGUGAAACUAUCCUGGAAAAGGAGAAAAGUAUCUAUGAAAGAAUUAUAAAGGCUAGCUGUCUUUAGAAAUGAGUGGACAAACAAUAUAGAGUCAAAAAUAGUUUUGUUUAACACUGCUGUGUCUACAUCGUUAAACCCUUUCCCCGUAUGUGAUAGCAUUGCCGAUAUUCAACAUAAUUUCAUCCACAUUGGUAAACAAUAUGGGGUAAAAUGUUAAGAACUCCUCAGAGGGAGCUAAAUAUCACUUUUCUCAGUGUGGUGUAAAAAUAAUGAAACUUUAAGGAACACCAUACAUACAAAGGUUGGAGUUGUAUUGCCGGCCUACCAAAACAUUGAAGUGAUAUUUUUGACAUUUUAAUUUUAUUUACAAAUUUUUUACUAUAUUGCCCUCUUGUGGUGAUCAGAAAAAUCCCCAUAUAUAGAACUCAAAGAGCUCAGCAACAUGAUUUCCCUAGUAUUGGAAUGAAAAAAAUAAAAUGUAUCUUGUCAAAAUGACCUUUAUUGAUGCAGCACUAUAUACAGUAAAUAUCAUUCUGAAGCUUUUGUGUGGAUGAAACAAUAAAACAAUUAUAUUUUCUGUAUAUUCUGUAAUCCUCACUUGGUUGCCAGUUAUUAUAUAUUGAUAUAAUACCGGAGAUGGUGAAUACCUUCCACAAAAAUAAGAAAUAAUGUUAAAAACUCCAAAAAAUAUUUGUGUCUCUUAUUCUAUAUGGAAAAUAAAUCUAACCUGAGUGAUUGGUUUGGACUUCACUUCUUAUUAAUUGACUCAUAUUAAAAAAUAUUAAGCCUGAAAAAUAUACAUUAUAUCUGUAUAAUGUAUUAUGUACAGUCAAUAGCCAUAUAAUAAACAAUGUGUUUUUGAAAAAUUGAAUUAUGAGGAUCACAUGU